AUGACUAUGCUCAAGGAACCCUCCAAGAAAUACAAGCCCUUCAAGGGCCCAAAACUGCCAAACCGAACAUGGCCCGACAAGACUAUCGAGAAGGCCCCUCGCUGGCUGUCGAGUUGUCUGCGUGAUGGAAACCAGAGUCUGCCUGACCCCAUGAGCGGCGAUGAGAAGUGGCGCUACUUCAAGAUGCUAUGUGAUCUAGGAUACAAGGAGAUCGAGGUCUCUUUCCCUUCUGCCUCUCAGACCGAUUUCGACUUUACCCGACGCCUGAUCGAGACCCCAGGAGUCGUGCCUGACGAUGUCUUUAUACAAGUCCUGUCGCCCUGCCGACCCGACCUCAUCCGUAGAACUGUUGAGUCUGUUCGCGGUGCCAAGAACGCAAUCAUUCACAUCUACCUCGCUACAAGUGCGUGCUUCCGUCAAGUCGUCUUUGGUUACUCCGAGGAACAGACCCUAGAGCUCGCCGUCGAGUGCACUAAGCUGGUCAGAUCUCUGACCAAGGACAACCCCGAGGCAUCCGGAACAAACUGGCAGUUCGAAUUCUCCCCCGAGUGCUUCUCAGACACCGACCCAGACUACGCCGUGAGAGUGUGCCAGGCUGUAAAGGCUGCCUGGGGACCCAAUGCCGAGUCUGGCGACCAAAUCAUCUUUAACCUGCCCGCCACAGUCGAGCUGGCUACCCCCAACAUUUACGCCGACCUGAUCGAGUCUUUCUGCAACAACAUUGGAGACAGAAAGGAUAUUUGCGUGUCUCUGCACCCCCACAACGAUCGUGGAUGCAGUGUUGCCGCCGCCGAGCUGGCUCAAAUGGCUGGCGCCGACCGUGUGGAGGGAUGCCUGUUUGGAAAUGGAGAACGAACCGGAAACGUCGACCUUGUAACCCUCGCCCUCAACCUGUACACACAAGGUGUUAACCCCCAGAUCGACUUUUCCGACCUAAACUCAGUCAUCGACAUGGUUGAGUCUUGCACCAAGAUCCCCGUUCACCAGCGUGCUCCCUACGGUGGCAGCCUGGUUUGCGCCGCCUUCUCCGGCAGCCAUCAAGAUGCUAUCAAGAAGGGAUUCCAGGACCGCAAGACCAAGGGAUACACCCACGAAGACCCUUGGGACGGUAUGCCCUACCUGCCCCUGGACCCCCGCGAUAUUGGCCGAAACUACGAGGCCAUCAUCCGUGUCAACUCCCAAUCUGGCAAGGGAGGAAGUGCCUUUAUUGUGCACACCAAGCUCCAGCUCGACCUCCCCCGUGGACUCCAGGUCGCUUUCUCCAAGGUUGUCCAAAAGCACAGCGAGGAUGUUGGACGCGAGCUGUUGGCCACCGAGAUCACCUCCCUCUUCGAGAAGACAUACUUCCUCGGCGACAACCCCCACUUCCAGCUGGUCGACUACAGCAUUACCCCUGAUCGAUCAAGAUCCCCUGCGCCUGCUACCCAGGGCAAAACCCAAGACACCAAGGACUUUAUUCGUAUUUUCGAGGGUGUCAUUCUCGUGAACGGCAAGGAGCUCAAGCUACGUGGUCGAGGCAACGGUCCCAUUUCCAGUAUGGUGGCUGCUCUUAAGGAGAUCAACAUCGAGUUCGACGUCAACGACUACAAGGAGCACGCCAUUGGUGAGGGACGCGGCGUCAAGGCUGCGUCAUACAUCGAGUGCAAGCCUGUUGGCAGCAAGAACUCUGUGUGGGGUGUUGGUAUCCACGAGGAUGUUGUCCAAAGUUCUCUGAUUGCCCUGCUGAGCGCGGCAAGCAACUUUGUCACCAGCCGACCCUCUAGCCCUCUGUCCAAGUCAGAAGCCGCCACUCAUUCCCAAGAACCUUCCAGCCUCGUCGCGAUUCUGGAACAAAAGGCGAAUGAUAUGUAA